AUGAUGGCCGUGGGAUUGGCGACCAGCCCCAGCGCCAUAGACGAAGAAGCCCGCGCUGAAGUAGAUGUCUUGACGUCUCGUUUGGAUAAAACUACGCAACUCACGAAGAAAAUCCAAGCAUGCCUUGGGCGACUUGAAUCUACAGGACAGAGUGUCAAGGAUGUCGUGGGACCUUUGAACGGCGAGACCAAGCGCUUGCAGGUCCUUGGAGGCAACGUUGAUUCCGUAUUGUCAGCAAUCGACCGUCUGCGCCAGCCUGCUGAUAAUCAACAAGAUGAGGAGCACGUCAUCAGAUCAGGUCCAGACAAGGCUGGGUUGUCCGCAUAUUUGGCAUCCUUGAAACGCCUCAAUCGAUCUCAUGCAGAUAUGCAGGCAUCGAAUUUGCGAGCAAACCAACAACAUCAAGCAGAUAUGAUGCGACUUAUUAAGAUGGGAAAUGCACAACUCGAAGGCUAUUUUGAUAAUCUUCUGCGUGGUGAGACUCCUCGAUCGGUCGAGCCGCUACAUUAUAUCACCAAAAACCAGCCAUUCCCGACGAUACCGCAAGAAUCAAUCACGAAAUUGGGCCUGCUAUAUUCAUACUUUAGUGGCCAGAAGCAAAGCACCGGAUAUGAGUCUCCAGCGAAGAAGAUAUAUACGGAAGUACGAGGCCCAUACAUAUCGCUCUCUCUUGCGAAUCUCGCUGCUGCCAGUGUCAACACAGCAAAGAAGAAGGUUCCUGGUGCUAUGUAUCGCGCAGGGACCAACGGAAUAGGAACAUACGCAAAGGCCAUGGAAGGGAUCUUUGUGGCAGAGUAUGACAACAUCUGCAGCAUAUUUAGCCGCGAAGAAUGGGGCAUAGUUUUCCAGUCUGCAUGCCAGGGAGCUUUAACAGAACUGGCCCGUACAUUGCGAGAACUUAAUGCUCACAUUAAAGGACAUUUGAGCACCGACUGCUGUCUGGCUUACGAAGUGAUGGACAUUUUGGGAACAUUGUCGACAAGUUUAGAGAGCCGCACUGGAGAACUGAAGUCCUCCUUGACAGCCACAUUAAAGCCUGUUAAGGAAACAGCGAAGCUUUCCUUGUCCGACAUGCUCGAUGAGAUCAGACGCCGAGCCGCUGGUCUACAGUCCUUGCCAGCUGACGGCGCCCCCGUGUCUCUUGUCCCCGAAACUAUGCAACGCAUGCAAACCAUGCUCGAAUUUUUGCGACCUAUAUCAAGCGUUAUGAUAUCUAUUGGCGAUGGAGGCUGGAAGAACGGUGCUGCUAAUGGAAGAUCUACCGACAUGGUACCUAGCCUAGCAUCGUUUGAUGUUGGUGCUGAUGGCCACGAUAUUUUCGCCAACUACUGCAUGGAUACAAUCGACACCCUACUCACAUCGCUUGAGGCAAAGGCUAAAAUGAUGAUGCGAGCGAAGUCUGUCCAAGGCGUAUUCCUCGCCAACAUAUUAGUCCUCAUCGAGCGAGCUAUCCGCACAUCAGAGCUGAAUGGAUUGCUUGAGAAGCGUUUAGAUGCUCUUGACCCAUGGCGGAAGAAGGCUACAGUGGCCUACACAGAUGUUGUUAAAGAUCUGGCCGUACACCUGUUUGAUACUGUCACUACUAGCCGUGGCCAGCGACACCAAUCUGGACCUCCCGACUCCGCAACAGUUGUUAAGGGCUUGAGCAGCAAAGAAAAGGACAAGAUUAAGGAAAAGUUUUCGUCCUUUAACAGUGCAUUUGAUGACAUGGUGGCAAAGCACAAAUCAUACAAUAUGGAGCGGGAAGUGCGCGGGAUGUUUGGCGAAGAUAUCCGACAAAAGCUGCAACCGCUGUAUGAUCGCUUCUGGGAUAAGUAUCAUGAGAUCGACAAGGGUAAGGGCAAAUACGUCAAGUAUGACAAGGUUUCUAUGGCAGGUGUUUUCACAACGAUGUCAUCAUGA